GGAUUACGGAGGGAAAGAGUCAGAAGACUCAGAAAUCUCUGCAAUAUUAGUACUCAGUGCCCCUCACCUGCAGUAUUAGUACUCAGUGCCCCUCACUCCUCGUCUUCCUUAAUUAAAUUUUAAUUUAAUUAGCUUUAGUUUAAUCUGCAGACAAAUGUAAACCCGCCCACUCCGCCACGCUCCCAGACGCAACAAAAGCUUAAAAAUCCAAAGCAACACAAAAAAGCAGAGAAAUAUUUGCAGCAAUGGGGGACACUUACGAAUGCGAUCAUUAUUACAAAAACGCCACUUGUUCUUCUUCUCCUCCAGCUGCUCCGCCGCAUUCGGCCGCCGACGACAUGUCGCUUUUUCUGCAGCAGAUUUUGGUGCGCUCGUCUACUUCUUUGGCUUCCGGGAAGGCCCCGCAGUCUUUAUUUUCGUCCUCGCCGUCCGUUGGUGCUCUUCUGCCUGGUAAUCUCGACCGUCCGUGCCACUCUGGUUUCUUAGGUGACGGCAUCCCGGCCGUUGAUUCUUUUGCCGCGUUUGUGUCCGGUCAUCCCAACGAGGCGAGUGAGAACGAGGCCGACGAGGAUGACUGUGAAAGCGAGGAGGGUCUUGAAGCGUUUGUGGAAGCAAGGCCAGGUGGCGGUCGGAGUUCUUCAAAGAGAAGCAGAGCUGCAGAAGUUCAUAAUUUGUCUGAAAAGAGGAGGAGGAGUAGGAUCAAUGAGAAAAUGAAGGCAUUGCAAAAUCUUAUCCCAAAUUCUAACAAGACGGACAAGGCUUCAAUGCUUGAUGAAGCCAUUGAGUACCUCAAGCAGCUUCAGCUUCAAGUUCAGAUGUUAUCAAUGAGGAAUGGCAUGAGUCUACAUCCUUUGUACCUACCUGGAACUCUGCAACCCGUACAGCUCUCCCAGAUGAGAAUGGAGCUUGGUGAGGAAAAUAGGCCUCUGCAUUUGGACAUGACAGGCACACUGCAUAUGAACCUGGAAUCCUCAACACAAAAUUUGUUCAAUUUAUCCAACCAGUGCACUGCUGCAAAUGAGUCAUACGUACCAGACAUGUCAAAUGUAGUUAAUUCAGAAACGUCGUUUGUGUUAGAACCGUCAAUUCAGUCUCACUUGGGACCCUUUCAACUGCCAGCCUCAUCUCAGGAAAUCUGCAGGGACGACCUUUUGCAGCACCAAAAAAUUGAUGUAAAUCAUUCGGAGAUGAAUCUUUCAGUCACAGCUACUGUUUCACUUCCCUUUGCACAAGUAUCAGAUCCGAAGAGCACUUUUGAUACAUGCAUCAUAGGAAGGGACAGACAGGAAGUUGGGCUCCUAAGGUCUAUAGAACAAAACUUUCACAUUGAUAGUAUGCGCACAGGAAAAAGGGUCUCGAACGAUACCAUCAAGACUGAAAGAAGGCACAAAUGAUGCAUGUUAAGCCCGGCUACUCUAGCACAUUUUGGAUUUGGUGUAGCUACUUGUAACAGCUUUUAUAAUUCUCCAAACUUUCCUACACCCUCAGUUGCGCACUCGAGUUUUACAUAUACCUCAUAGCAGACCUGCAAUUCGUAAGAGUUUUCUCUUCAAUGCUUUUGGCAAGGCUUUUCGUAACUGGUAGAAAUAGUAAGGUUGGGGGAUGAGACACAUGUAAACUCCAUCUAUCCCUUUUUUCUAUGGUUUUUUUUAUUUGGAAUUAAGCUCCUCGUCACGUUAUAAAUCAUCUGUCAUGUCUGUGAGAACACACGCCCGCUGUUCGUUAUGUAUAAACUAUAUGAAAAUCUUGUUCAUAACAUCAAGCUUUGUAUUGUAUUGUUUCA